GAGGACUUCGACCGACGCAGGGCCGUGGAACUGAAGCAUGGACGUCUCUGCAUGGUUGCCACCAUCGGCAUGGUGUGGCCUGACAUUUUUGGCAAGUUCGAUGGCUACCUGUCCCCAUCCCAAAAUCUGAAGUUUGCCGAUGUGCCGUCGGGAAUCGCAGCCGUGACGAAGGUUCCUUUGGAGGGUUGGUUGCAGAUUCUCUUGGUGGCCGGCCUCAUCGAGACCCAGCUCCUGAAGGACCAGUCCUUCGGAGGCUUCGGCUAUGCAAAGUACGGUGCAGAGCCCGGCAACUUCGGCACUGGUUACUGGGGCAGGAAGAUCCAGGACCCUGCCGAGCGGAAGCUCAAGCUGACCACCGAGCUCAACAACGGCAGGCUUGCGAUGAUUGCCAUGUCCGGCAUGCUGAUCCAGAACGGCCUCACUGGUCAGUCCCCAAUUGAGCAGCUCACCGCUGGCCACAUCUCGCCCUUCAACGAUGGCCAGGGCUUCUUCGCCUUCGACCCUUCCGCGGAGCUUGGUGCUUGCCCUCCUCUGGGCUACUGGGAUCCCUUCGGCAUGAUGGCCUUUCAGGAUGAGGAGAAGUUCCGCCGCAACCGCGAGCUGGAGCUUAAGCACGGAAGGAUUUGCAUGGUCGCCACCAUUGGGAUGAUCGUGCCAGACCUGUUCGGCCGCUUCGGUGGCUACCUCUCACCCUCCAUGGAUCUCAAAUUCUCGGAUAUCCCCUGCACCAUUGAGGCUAUCUACAAAGUCCCCACCUUUGGCUGGUUGCAGAUCUUUGCUCUUGCAGGCGCAAUCGAGGCCAAGAACCAAGCCUUCCCGGAAAACUAUGGCUACCCUCCAUUCUGGGGCCGCAUCAACACCCUUGAACCCGAGGAGAAGCAGAAGAAGCUUCUGGCAGAGAUCAACAACGGCCGCCUGGCUAUGGUUGCCAUGGCCGCGAUCGUGGCGCAGAACGGGGCCACGGGCCAGUCUCUCGUCGAGCAGUUCACGACCGGGAACCUGAACCCCUUUGUCGGCGGCUACGCGCAGCGCGAGGGGGAUGCAAAAGACAAAGUUGCACUCAGGGCCGAGUUUGGCUCUGGUGCUGGCAAGUCCACGGCCAUCCCUUGGGACCCUAUCCCAGAAGGCCUCAGCAAUGACAUCUUCAACAACACCUAUGUGGGUGAUGUCGGCUUCGACCCUGCAGGUUUCGCCAAGAACCAGCGCCUGCUGCCUUGGUACCGCGAAGCAGAGCUUGCGCACGGACGUGUUUGCAUGCUGGCAGUGCUGGGCUAUACUGUGCAGACUUCUGGCGCCAAGUUCGAGCCUUUCAUCACCCGAUAUCCAACGGACUCUGCGGACCCUCUGAAGGCAGCGACACAGGUGCCGAUUGUCGGCUGGCUUCAGAUCAUCGUUGUGAUCGCACUGUCCGAGCUCUGGCGUUAUGAAAAUGUCAUCAGCAAGUACUCUCAGGGCGUCCAGCCCGGUGACCUGGGCUGGAACCCGACGGCGCCUGUGAGCAGCCCUCGGCCCAAGUGGUUUGGUCCCACCUUCACGGCUGCAUACCAGCCAGAGGAGUGGAACAACAUGAAGCUGCGUGAGAUCAAGCAUUGCCGUUUGGCGAUGGUGGGCUUCUUCUUCAUGGUGCUCCGGAAUGCAUCCACAGGCGAAGGGCCUUCGCUGCUCCCCAACUUGACGACGGCGGAGUUCCAGUCCUCCGUCGGUGACUUCAUUCCCAGGGACAUCUGA